AUGUCUAGCAGAAAGAAGACGAUACUCAAGGUGAUCAUUUUGGGAGACUCUGGUGUUGGCAAGACCUCGCUGAUGCAGCAGUUUAUCAACGGCAAGUUCUCUAACCAAUACAAGGCAACCAUUGGAGCAGACUUCUUGCCAAAGGACCUGGCCAUAGAUGACAAGCAAGUCACAAUGCAGAUAUGGGACACAGCAGGCCAGGAGAGAUUUCAAAGCUUGGGGGUGGCUUUUUACAGAGGUUCCGACUGCUGUGUGCUGGUGUAUGACGUUACCAAUACCAAAUCAUUCGAGUCCAUUUCCUCAUGGAAAGAUGAAUUCUUAGUACAAGCCAAUGUGAAAGACCCAGAUAACUUUCCUUUUGUUGUGAUUGGAAACAAGAUUGAUGUGGAGGAGAACAAGAGGCUGAUUAGUGGAAAGAAAGCCCAAGCGCUGUGUGCGCAACUAGGCAAUCUGCCGUACUUUGAGACGAGUGCCAAGGAAGCAGUUAAUGUGGAACAGGCUUUUGAUGUUGUUGCUAGAAAUGCUCUCCAGCAGGAGGAGAGCCUCGAGUUUGCGGACGAUUACACGGAUGCUGUGAAUAUUCACGUUGAUGGGGACAACGGGUCAUGUGCGUGUUGA